AUGGUUACAAAGAACGAUUUUAGUACUUUGGAACCAUUCCAAUUGCAGUUACCUACUUUUAAUAAACUAUGCCAGGAAGCUUCCAUUAUAACACAAUCUUCAGAGCCACCUGCUGAUGAAGAUAUUGAAAGGAUUCGUCAAACUUUCAACUACUUAAUGGAAAAAUAUCCGUAUUAUCCCAUGAUUUGGUCCAAUAUUUUACAAUUUGAAUUGGACUUAUUGAAAAUUUCACAAAGGGAAUCUUCUCCAGAAAUGGAAGGUUUAUUAACCAAAUCAUUACAAUAUUGUAAUGAUAUUUCUAUUUGGUCAAAAUAUUUACAAUACAUCAAAUUGAAAAAUAAUAUUGUUAUUGGUGGGGAGGUUGCUAGAAAUAUUGUUAUUGAUGGGUAUCAAGUCAUUUUAAGUCAAUGUGUGUUGUGUGAUGUUGGAUUUGACAACUUGUGUGAUCAGUUUAUUGAAGAUUUUUUAGAUUUUUUACUUAAUCAAUGGAAACCAAUAAACAAAUACGAAAGUUCAAUGAGAAUUUUAAAAGUCAGAAAAGUUUACAAAAAGAUUUUAUCGGUACCACAUCGCGGAAUAGAAAAGUUGUGGAGUCAAUACAUUGGUUGGGAACAAGAAGUUGACUCAUUGAAUUGUAGAAAGCAUAUUAGUGAUUUAAGUCCCGAAUACAUGAAGUGUAGGGCUGGUUUUAUGGAAUGGGAAAACAAAGUUUUCAAAAAAUAUUUUCACUACGGUAACGUUACCAAUAGACAAGAAAAUACUCGUUUUCCUAUUUUAAGUAAUAAAACAAAUAAAAGCAGUAAUAUACAGUUUUGGUUUGAUUGGAUACAUUGGGAAAGAAACAACUCUUCAGAAAACAAAGAUACAACUAUUACACACAAACGAAUUUCCUAUAUCUAUAAGCAAGCUUUGAAAUAUACUAAUUUGGACAGCGAAGAAGUGUGGUUUGCAUUUGCUGAUUUUGUCAAUGCAACUACAAACAACAGCUAUAAUGAGGCUGAAAUAUUGAGCAACAAUGAUAACGGCAACACAAUACCAGACAAUAAUAUCGCUACUACUAAUACUAAUACUACUCCCACUGCCACCACUAUUAACAAUAAUAAUAAUAUAAAUGAAUCCAGUAGCUCCAAUAUGUCAACUAAUAACGUUUCAGCUGGAAAACCAAUAUCAUUAUUGGAGUAUGCAGUGAUUGCAGUUCCAACAUCGCGAAUAUUAAGGGUAAAAUUAAGCGAAUUUUAUGAGUUGAGUAAAGUGGGAACAGAAGACCACAUCAAAUCUGUUUUUGAAGAUGGAAUCCAAUCCUUACAACAUAUGAUUAAUAUUGUUAGUAAUAAUGGUGAAGGGACAUUGAUUCAGUAUAAAAAACACUUGACUACCUUGUUUUGUUCGUAUAUGUAUACUAUGAACAGAAUCGAGGGGUUAUCUGGCGCUCGUAAAGUUUUCAGUAAGUGUCGUAAACUGAAACAGCAAUUAAAUUAUUUUAUCUAUUUAGAAAAUGCUAAAAUUGAGUAUAAUGCAGGUGUUUCAAAUGCAAAUACUGGUACAGCGUUUAAAGUUUUGGAAUUGGGGUUGAAAAUUUUUAGCGGUGAUGGUAAUUAUAUUAUUGAAUAUCUGAAAUUUCUAAUUGAUCAUAAUCAACCUAGCUCUGACAUUAAGACUAUUUUUGAAAACCAUUGUGACAAAAUCUUAGAUAUGAAAUUACGUGAACAACUGUAUUUACUUAUGAUGAAUUAUGAAUGGAAAAUUGGGGGCGAUCUAAAUAAAGUUUUGAAGCUAAGCGAACGUUAUAAAGAAUGUUUUAUUGAUGUGGAUUCUUCUGCUACAAAGGAAACUGAACUUUUUGAAAUGUUUAAGGAAUCAAGACUAAUGGAUAUGGAUCUUAGAGGAUUGAUGAGAGCUUCCGAUGGAAAAAACGCUAUCACUGAUGAAAUAUUUGAUAAUAAAGCCAAUUUGGAAAUUAACAACCAUGUUGAAAAAAAUGGCACUAGUGUUAGCAACAAAUCUUAUAAUGAAGGAGAAAACUAUAAUCCACUUAAAGAUAUUAAAAAUGGUAAUGCUCUAAUUACUGAUAGCAAUGCCAGUAUUCCCUCCCAUCAGGUUAUUGAAUUACCACCAGAAAUUGCAGAGUUACUACAAAUGUUACCUAAAAGUAAAUAUUUUCCUAAAAUUGUGCUAGAUCCCAAAAAAUUGGUGGAUUAUCUCAAUGCUAAGAUAGACCUAUCUCAGCAAAAACAUUAG